AGACCGGAGCCCAGUCAGGACAGGACAUAGAGGGAGAGACAGGAGAGAACAUAUCCCGGCUCUACGGGGAUCACACACACCGGACAGGACAUAUACCGGAGCGCAGUACGCACAGGACAUAUACCGGAGCGCAGUACGGACAGGACAUAUACCGGAGCGCAGUACGGACAGGACAUAUACCGGAGCGCAGUACGGACAGGACAUAUACCGGAGCGCAGUACGGACAGGACAUAUACCGGAGCGCAGUACGGACAGGACAUAUACCGGAGCGCAGUACGGACAGGACAUAUACCGGAGCGCAGUACAGACAGGACAUAUACCGGAGCGCAGUACGGACAGGACAUAUACCGGAGCGCAGUACAGCCAGGAAUAGAGGGAGGACACAUACCGUAGCGCAGUACCGAUACCGGCACUCUGUACCCACCUUGGAGAGGGGUCACUUACCGCAGCAUGCAGUACCAGCACCCCAGCUCCCCGGCCAUGGCUGUCAGUGUGCCCCUGUACGCCCCCACCCCACUGCAGCCCGUGCACCCCACGCCGUUCUACAUCGAUGACAUCCUGGGGAGGAGCGGAGCAUCCACCGGCACCCACUCCCUGCCAGCCCCCACCCUGCCCUCCCCCAACUCCUCGUUCACCAGCUUUGUGACCGCUUACAAGGCCCCCAUCUACGAGCCCACCCCGAUACACCCUGCAUUCCCCCACCCAGCCCUGGCAGCAUCCUAUGGAGCCAGCACCUUCCACAGCCCCCUGUACCCCUUCUCCAGACCCAUGGGGGAGUACCAUGCCCUCAUCAGACACGACCCAAUGGGUAAGCCCCUUUUGUGGAGCCCUUUCAUCCAGAGACCCCUACAUAAGAGGAAAGGGGGGCAAGUUCGCUUUUCAAACGAUCAGACCAUUGAACUGGAGAAGAAGUUUGAGACACAAAAAUAUCUGUCCCCCCCAGAGAGGAAAAGACUGGCCAAAAUGUUACAGCUAAGCGAAAGACAGGUCAAAACAUGGUUUCAGAACAGGAGGGCUAAAUGGAGGCGUCUCAAACAGGAAACCCCCCAGGGACAUAAGAGAGAAGAAACUGAGAGUCUAGAAAAUUGCUGCGAGGAAGGGCAGAAGAUGGGUACAGGCACAGACACAAAACGAGAAUCCUUAACAGAUGGAUCCCAGUGCUCACCGAACUCCCAAGACAAUCUGGACUCAGAUAUUUCAGAAGAUUCUGAGCAGGAGCUGGAUAUUGAAGGAGAUAAAAGUUUUCAUAAAUGUACAUACUGACCCCCCCAUUCAGCUGCCUUAUCACCAUGGAAACUGGACUAAUUAAAACCCCAUAGUUCUACCAAUGGGGCUGAGAAAAUGUGAAAAACGUUCUAUUUGUUGAACAUUCCACUGACUACAAUGUAAAUAUUUUUAGAUGAUCAAAAGUGUAAGAUUUUGUAUUUAAUUAUAUUAUUAUGAUACCUGUCUAUUGCCAAGUACCUUUAAAAUGUGGGUAUGAUUAAAAAAAAAAAAAAAAAAAUU